CACUCCUCGAAAACUGAGGGAGACCGUCGGAAAUCAAAUAAAUAUCAGUGUUUUCUCUCUUGUCAAAAUCCCCACUCCUCGAAAACUCAUGGCUGUCGCUGUUAGCUGGUGUUGUUCUUCCCUCUUUGCGGGUUGCUCGCCCGUAGCUUCCCCUGCACCUCGCCUUGCUCACGCCGCGCCUCCGCUGCGGUUGGUGGCGUGCGCUGCGUCUUCGCCUUCGAAGAAGAGAGAGCCGAGAGGCAUCACGAAGCCGCGCCUUGUGUCACCUGCCAUGCAAGAGCUCCUUGGUGUCUCUGAAAUACCUCGCACUCAGGCCCUCAAGCUCAUUUGGGCAUAUAUCAAACAACACAACCUUCAGGAUCCUGAAAACAAGAAAAUCAUCGUGUGUGAUGAGAAGCUUAAGAGCAUAUUUGGAGGGAGAGACCGGGUUGGGUUUCUGGAGGUCACAAAGCUGAUAAAUCCUCACUUUGCAAAGUGAACGUGAUAAGCUCUAACAGAAGGCAGGUUUUAAAGUGUGAAAAGAAAGUUUCUGUGUAGUUGGGUUUUUUUGUUGGUUGUUUAAGCAGUGGCCUCAUACAUAUGAAAAUUUUGGACAAUUAUAUUUGAUGUGGUCUCUGAUUGGAAGUUUCAAUGCCUCAGGUCUUACACUCAUUGAUUGUUUGUCUAAUUCAGUUAGUACACCUCAAAUAGGAAAAGUGGGAAUGAACCUCUGUGGCUUGUGCUUCAUAUGUAUAUAAAGCAUUGGGAAGAAUCAAUUUUCACAUGAUAGUUUCUUAUUA